GACGGGGAUGAUGGCAGCCGUGGCAGGGGACGCGCGCAGGGUGCUGGUGUACGGGGGCAGGGGCGCGCUGGGCACCAAAUGCGUGCACGCUUUCCGGGCCAAAGACUGGUGGGUUGCCAGUAUUGACGUGGUAGAAAAUGAAGAAGCCAGCGCCAGUGUGGUUGUUAAAAUGACCGACUCCUUCACCGAGCAAGCUGAACAGGUGACUGCUGAUGUGGGGAAGCUUUUGGGCGAUAAGAAGGUGGAUGCCAUUCUCUGUGUGGCUGGAGGAUGGGCCGGAGGCAGUGCCAAAGCUAAAUCUCUCUAUAAAAACUGCGACUUGAUGUGGAAACAGAGCAUUUGGACCUCAACCAUCUCUAGUCACCUUGCAACCAAACACCUUAAGGAUGGAGGCCUGCUGACCUUGGCUGGGGCUAAGGCUGCUUUAGAUGGAACCCCAGGAAUGAUCGGCUACGGCAUGGCCAAGGGAGCGGUCCAUCAGCUGUGUCAGAGCCUGGCUGGGGACAACAGUGGCAUGCCGCCGGGUUCUGCUGCCAUUGCAGUUCUUCCGGUUACCCUGGAUACGCCAAUGAACAGGAAAUCAAUGCCUGAUGCAGACUUUAGUGCCUGGACUCCAUUAGAAUUCCUUGUAGAAACCUUUCACAACUGGAUCACAGGAAAAAACAGGCCAAGCUCUGGAAGCCUAAUCCAGGUGGUAACCACGGGAGGCAAGACUGAGCUGACACCAGCUUACUUUUAAUAAGUCGUCUAAGAUUGCAGCACCAGAAGAAAGAGCUGACACAGAAUCCUAAUGCUCAGCGUAGUUUUCCUACCGCCCCGUGUUUUCCCAGCAAAUCUGUAGUCCCCCUUAACAGUGCCAGGUAGAGAUCAGUAUUUCUCUUUCAUUUAAUGUGUUUGUCUCCUUUUCAAAAGUGUCAAAUGUUCAUUUGAAAGAAAUAAAGGAGGGUUAUAAGGGUGAAGACCCUUAGGUAGGGGGCUGCUCAGAGAUGUCACCCAGGGAUGUUGUUUGGUCCUCUGCUGCCCUCAUCAUAAUGUGCACUUUGUGUCUCUUCUGUCCAGUUCCUUGCAGUGACUACCUGAAUGAUGUGUGUGUUGGUGUCUUCUGGUCAUUGUUUUUUAUUGUCAAGAUACUAUUUGAUCCAGUAUUUGUGUAAUGGGAUUAAUCGUGGUCCUGACUUAAAUUGCCUUAAAUGUCCAUUAGCAGUGUAGGUGAAGGAUGGCUCUUGCCAGGUUGUUGUUACAAAUGUUUCGUGUGACUACCCAGAUCUCCUCUGGAUGGGGGAGGGAGGGGAGGGAUGGAUGUCUUAGCUACAAGGGAAGCAGUGGUGGUCAUCAUAACAUGGCAUGUGUAGGCCUUAAUUAAUGCUGCUUAGUUUACAAUUUUGAAUACUUUAAUCAAAAUGGAACACAUGACUUACCGUCCAAACAACAUUGUCUAUAAAAUGUCGGUAGUCGGAUUUUAGGUAUUUUAGCGACACUGUGAGCUAUUUCUGUGAUAGCUUUGUACAGAGCUGGAUUUUUUUUUUAAUUGAAUAGUCAGGCAUUUGUCCCUCAUUCUCCUUUACUUUUUGAUGUUAUAUAAUUAAUUUAAAAUAAAUAGAGACUAUUCCCACCA